CUAUCUAUCUAUCUGACCAAACUGUCAGCAGCCCUCCCUGACAGCUGCGGCGCUGUGGAGAAAUCCGAGGUGUAAGAGGGAGCUCUUCAGCGGAGCUGCAGCUGUCGCUCGUGUUUUAUUCGGCUUGUAGCCAUGGCUCGGUUCGCUGCCUUACUGCUUUUACCUGUUCUCAUUGAAUCGGUAUUUUCUAUUUCUUUCUUUCUACCUGUAAAUUCAAGAAAAUGUCUACGGGAAGAGAUUCACAAAGACGUGCUCGUCACGGGAGAGUAUGAUAUCAAUGACGAGUCCAACACCAAAACCAACCUGAAGAUCACAGACUCAUCGGGACACAUCCUCUACUUGAAGGAAGAUGCAACGAAAGGGAAGUUUGCCUUCACAACAGAAGAUUAUGACAUGUUUGAAGUGUGCUUUGAGAGCAAGUCACCAAUGGGAUCUGGGAGAGUCCCCGACCAGCUGGUUAAUCUGGACAUGAAGCACGGUGUAGAGGCCAAGAACUACGAGGAGAUCGCCAAGGUGGAGAAGCUGAAGCCCCUGGAGGUGGAGCUAAGGCGGCUGGAGGACCUAUCGGAGUCCAUCGUCAACGACUUUGCCUACAUGAAGAGGCGAGAGGAGGAGAUGAGGGAUACCAACGAGUCCACCAACACACGUGUCCUGUACUUCAGCAUCUUCUCUAUGUGCUGUCUGAUCGGCUUGGCCACCUGGCAGGUCUUCUACCUGCGACGUUUCUUCAAGGCAAAGAAGCUCAUCGAGUAGAGAGGCAUCACCACUCCGCCAGGGGAGAGCAGCCAAAUGCUUACCCGAUCAAUCUCCACCAUCUUCGGACUAACGUCGUCAAAACUAGCGCUGUGACUGGAGGAGAUGGAGACCCGCGUACUGUCGAGAGACAAAAAAGAAGGAAUAAAUCCAAAAACCUGAGGCAAAACGGGAAUAAUUGUAGUCCUUUAUUGGACAGUGUGCCAGUCUCGAUCUCUUCCAGUGUUCUUAUUUUGACCCUUACACACCUGGAACCACCACUAUUCAGUAGUAAGGACAGCCUCCUAGAUAUUUGUGUGUUUUUAAAUGCCACCAUAUUUCCUCGAGUGCUCUACAUUUUUUAUUUUUUGCUAACCAGAGGGCUCCUCGUUUCUCCCCCCCCAUAGGGCUCCUCGUUUCUCCCCCCCCAUAGGGCUCCUCGUUUCUCCCCCCCAUAGGGCUCCUGGUUUCCCCCCCAUAGGGCUCCUGGUUUUCCCCCCCAUAGGGCUCCUGGUUUUCCCCCCCAUAGGGCUCCUGGUUUUCCCCCCCAUAGGGCUCCUGGUUUUCCCCCCCAUAGGGCUCCUGGUUUUCCCCCCCAUAGGGCUCCUGGUUUCCCCCCCCAUAGGGCUCCUGGUUUUCCCCCCCAUAGGGCUCCUGGUUUCCCCCCCCCAUAGGGCACCUGGUUUCCCCCCCAUAGGGCACCUGGUUUCCCCCCCCAUAGGGCUCCUGGCAAAUGUAGUGCACUGUAUAGGGAGUAAGAUGGUGUUUUGGACAUCAAAAAGAAUGAGCAGGGGAAGGAUUCAGGGGUGUGGUGCUGAGAGAGCACCGAGGGUAGCUUAUUCUCUGAAAGCCAUGUACACCUGGGACUCAUUCAGUGGAGUGAAACAUUAAAAAAAAAAAAACAAUGUAGAAUAUACACAGAUUUUUAAGUCCAGGAGUGAAUCGUGCAUGUCUGUUCAAUCUGCAAUUUGUUCUGAAAUGUAUUAUCAUCCUGCUGAAAAAGCACCUGAUGCUUUGUUGAUUUGAUUUGACAUUUUUAACGUGUUUAGUUUGAUCUGGAGUUUAAUUUUGUUGGGAUGAACGGAUGCACCCUCGAGAAAGGUCUAUUCCCCCCUUUUUUUUUUUACAUCGUUGUAUAAAAUCUUUGCCAUGCCAAGCGACCUGUAGGAUAUAGGGUUCAGCCCAAAAUGGCAACCUAUUCCCUAUAAGAAUAGGGCACCGUUUGGGCAAAGACGAUAUUCUUGGGGACCUUUUUUUUUAAAAAUAUGUUUUAAACUGAAGGCCUCUAUGAACGACAGGUGGAAUGUGUUGUCACUCAGAAUAGAAACCAUGGCGACCACUGAACUUUUUAUGCUUUUGCCAGCUAAUUAAUUUGCAUACAUGUUUGGUAGCUAAAUUUGACUGUCUUUAGUUUGUUUUGAUUGUAAAUGCAGGGCAGGUAUUGGGGGGUGGGGGUUAAUAAGUUCAGGGAAAGAGUAGCUAUAUCUCAAACGGAACCCUAUUCCCUAUAUAGGCCUAGUGCACUACUUUUGACCAGUAGUACUGUACUAUAUAGGGUGCCAUUUGAACCCUAUUCCCUAUAUAGGCCUAGUGCACUACUUUUGACCAGUAGUACUGCACUAUAUAGGGAAUAGGGUGCCAUUUGAACCCUAUUCCCUAUAUAGGCCUAGUGCACUACUUUUGACCAGUAGUACUGCACUAUAUAGGGUGGCAUUUGAGAUGCAGCCAAUAUAAUCUUGAAAACUAGGUCAUUUUAUAGCGGAACCAUGGCACGCUUUUAAGUUGUUUUUUAAGAGAUGUACAAAAUAUAAAAGCCGCAUAUCUAUGUACUUUUCCAUCUGAAUAGGUUAUAAGACGAGUAGAGCUGCAGGGCCUUUUGGGAAAUGAUGUCUCUUCUUCUUUUGAGACCCAUUGAAUCUACACCAACCAUCCCAGAUCCAUCCAGCUUUCUUUUGGAGAUAAUUCUGGGGUUUGGGCUACGUGAGGAUUUGGGGUUGGUUUAAAAUGUUUUUUUUUUUUUUGCUGUUUUAAAAAAAAAAUCUCUGGUGCAAUUUUCACAUGUAUGUGGUAUAUUUCCACAACUCUUAAUACAAAAUUGAAAACAGAUCUUCAAAAAUCCAGUUUCAAAACUAAGCAUAUUUUCAAUUGACUAAGUACAACAGUCACUUUAUUUUUACACCAAAUUUAAUCAGUGUUUCAUCUAGAAAUGCAUGUUUCACAUUGCAAUACAUGUUCAUAUAAAGUCAUUGCUUUUCUCAAUGCUCCCAUUACUUUAGGUAUGAUUCUCUUCUCUUUUAAGACGUUUUACAAUUACAUAAUCCAACUGCUCUUUAUCAGUGAUCACUUAAACCCAUGGAACGUUUGAUUAAACCCACGGAACGUUUGAUUAAACCCACGGAACGUUUGAUUAAACCCACGGAACGUUUGAUUAAACCCACGGAACGUUUGAUUAAACCCACGGAACGUUUGAUUAAACCCACGGAACGUUUGAUUAAACCCACGGAACGUUUGAUUAAACCCACGGAACGUUUGGUAAAUGGAUCGAUUUUACAUUUUGUCUACUACAGAUUUUGAGAACUAAAUAAUGACAAUGGAUGUCUGUAGAAACGUAAGUAUGAUCUAUGUAUUACUAUUAUGAUUUUACUUCACAGUAAGUCAAACAAGUAAAACAAAUCUGAUAUUGACAAAAUCAGACAUGUACUAUAUGUUACAAAUUAAAACGUUUAUUGGUCGCGUACACAGAUUAGCGGAUGUUACAGCAGGCGCAGCGAAAUGCUUGUGUUUCUAGCGCCUGCAUUGCAGUAAUACAAUACCAAUACGCAAAUAAUCCAGAAAGUCCUUAACAAUAAAUAAAUGCUUCACUAAAAUAGCAUUGGGUAGUACGGUUCUGUAAAAUAGUCCAUUUACAUAGACACUUUUAUCCAAAGUGACAACAGUCCACUUUUUGGUAUGUGAUCCCAGUAGGAAUGGAACCCACACCUCUGGUGUUGCUAGUGCCACGCUCUUAUGAACUGUGAGACACGUACAGAACCACUACAAUACAUUAGGUACAACACAGGUGGAAGAUCUAUGAUUGCCACCCCCAUGAGCGAACCACCACCCUCUAGUCUAGGCCAUGGAUGACUCAUGCAAUGACGUCAAUCCAGACCUAUAUCAGGCCAGGUGCAUGAUAUUUACUGUGAUUUCGAUGAGAACCUACGGCCAAACGCUCCAGACAGGUUUGAUGCAAUUAGCGCCUUAAACGUUUCUUUCAUUUGAUUACCUUAUGAAAGUUGUCUUCGAUGAUCAGACAUGGGAUAGAAGUUAUUGACAUUUCAAGUUCAGUUCAUUUUAAUGGGUAGUGCAAGUGUAUUGCCGAAUGUGAAACAGUGUCAUGUACUGUAAUUUACACUACUGGAGCAUACUACAUUCAAAGAGCAAAUUGAAACAUAUCUUAAAAAGUGUUUUUGUGCUUUUGGAUUAAUUGGUUAAAAUAACUAAAUUAAGGAGAUGUCAUUAGGUUGUGUUUUGGUGAUUAAACCAAUGUUCUUAUUUCACAGUAAACUUUAUAUUUUGGAUUAAUGGUUGUGUAGUGAACGAUGUCUACAAACCAAAUAAAGUAAUAUUGAAAGGAUUUGAAUGUAAGACUGGCUGCAUUACAAGUGUUACCAGUUUGGAGUUUUGUACUAAGAGAUUAGAAAAUUCACAUAUUUGUGAAAAUGGCACCAAAUCGUAAAAAAACAAACAGAAAACCAUGUGGGAUACAUAAAUUUUUAACAGUGAACAUUUGCAAUGUUUUCUAUAUUGAUUGAUAUCAAUUUGUAAAGGUCUGUGUUUGGGCUUUUAUUCAAUAAAAUAUUGGAUGGAUGUA